AAAACUAUCUGUGGGAGGUGGUCGGAGGGCAUUCAUCCGAAUGUAGCUCACACUAAACUCCAACUUUAUGGAGGGGUUUAAACGGGAAAAGUAAUUUUCAACAAGAAAUGCAUCGCUAUUUUUAAGCAGAGUGUGGUGAACCAAAUGGGUCAUUGCAGUGCCCAAGUCCUUCUGUUUAUGCUGCUGAAGAUCGCACAGACAUCAGCCAAAGAUGGUGUGGAGUGCGUGUGCGAGGGCAACGACUGCAUGGAGGAGCUGUGCGUGGGGGACCAGUGCUUCGCCUCCGUCACGCUGGUGGGCCCGGCGCAGGGGCAGGCGCCCACCUUCCGCCGCGGCUGCCUGGUGGGGCCCGACCCCCCCCUCAUGACCUGCAAGGCGGCGUCCAACUACGUGGUGGAGUGCUGCACGCUGCCCAUGUGCAACGCAAACACCAGCAGCCAAGCACUACUUAGUCAACUGCUCACCGCUCCGCAGUCGGAGCCGGUGCGGUACUGUGUGGAGACCCUGGUGCUGCUGGUGCUGGGCCCGGUGGGCCUGCUGGGGCUGCUGUCGCUGCUGGCCGUCCUGAUGUGCCGCCGCCUCCACCGCAGCCGGCUGGAGAGACUGCACGAGUACGACCCCGAGCAGGGCGCUAUCGACGGACUCAUCGCCUCUAAUGUGGGAGACAGCACGCUGGCGGACCUGCUGGACCACUCGUGCACGUCGGGCAGUGGUUCAGGGCUGCCCUUCCUGGUGCAGAGGACCGUGGCGCGUCAGAUCAGCCUGGUGGAGUGCGUGGGCAAGGGUCGCUAUGGUGAGGUGUGGCGGGGCCAGUGGCAGGGCGAGAACGUGGCCGUGAAGAUCUUCUCCUCUCGCGACGAGAAGUCCUGGUUCCGGGAGACGGAGAUCUACAAUACCGUGUUGCUGCGGCACGAGAACAUCUUAGGUUUCAUGGCGUCAGACAUGACGUCGCGUAACUCCAGCACGCAGCUGUGGCUGAUCACGCACUACCACGAGUACGGCUCGCUGUACGACUACCUGAGCCGCGUCGCCGUGGAGAUGUCGGACGGCCUGAACAUGGCGGCGUCGGUGGCGAGCGGGCUGGUGCACCUGCACACGGAGAUCUUCGGCACCGAGGGCAAGCCGGCCAUCGCCCACCGAGACCUCAAGAGCAAGAACAUCCUCGUCAAGAAGGACAUGCGCUGCUGCAUCGCUGACCUGGGUCUGGCCGUCACCCACUCCCAAUCAGACAAUCAGCUGGACGUGGGCAACAACCCCAAGGUGGGCACCAAGCGCUACAUGGCCCCCGAGGUGCUGGACGAGAGCAUCCAGAUGGACUGCUUUGACGCCUACAAGCGCGUCGAUGUCUGGGCAUUCGGCCUGGUGCUCUGGGAGGUUGCUAGGCGCACCAUCAGCAACGGUAUCGUGGAGGAGUACAAGCCUCCGUUCUACGACCUGGUGCCUAGCGACCCCAGCUUUGACGACAUGCGCAAGGUGGUGUGUGUGGAGCAGCAGCGGCCAUUCAUACCCAACCGCUGGUUCUCAGACCCCACGCUGUCUGCCCUGGUGAAGCUCAUGAAGGAGUGUUGGUACCAGAACCCCUCUGCCCGCCUCACAGCCCUGCGCAUCAAAAAGACUCUGGACAAAAUCUACAGCUCUCUGGAAAAAGGCAAGGCUGACUGCUGAGAAUGUGGAGCAGAACAGAGAAGAGACGAGCUGGGGCCUACACUACAAAGCAGAGCAUGGGCCUACACUAAAGACUAUACUCUUGUUCCCUACUGUGACCAGAGGUCUAUAGUAAGAAGCUGGUUCAGGAGUAAACGGUAAAAGGUGAAGAGGUAAGGUAAAUCAUCUAAUAGAAGAGUCCUCAUUUUCUAGGCCCCAGAACAGAACAGAACAGAACAGAACAGAACAGAACAGAACAGAACAGAACAGAACAGAACAGAACA